GUAUUUAUGUUUGUAUUUAUAUUCAAUAAAAUCUAGCUUCAAUAUCAAACAGAAUGGAUGCACUGAAAAACAAAGGGAAAAUGCCAAAAGGCCUUGAGAAACUAAUUGAAACAUGUAACAGUAUUUAUCCUGAUCAAACAAAUCCUAUUCAAGCGACGACAAUUUUAAAGUAUUGGCUGGGAGGACAAGAUCCACUGGAUUACAUAUCUAUGUACAGCAAUACAGGAACUUUGACGGUACCUCCUCAUUGGCACUACAUAUCUUUCGGUCUUUCUGAUUUACAUGGUGAUAAUCGAGUUCAUAUGCCUGAGACUUCCGGAGACCCAGAACCAAAGUCUGGAAUGGGAUUCGAGCUGACGUUCCGGUUGUUAAAAACUCCCAACGAUGGCGACAAACCACCUUCAUGGCCAGCAAACCUUUUGCAGGAUUUGGCACGUUAUGUUUUUCAAACGGGAAACCGUUUAUGUUCAGGUGACAACAUUCCUUGGGGUAAAUGCUUGAACAAAGCACUACCACCAACAACGAAAAUCAAACAUAUGCUAAUUUGCAAUGACCCUCAAAUGCCACGCACUGAAACGCCCUUCGGAUGGGUUGAUUUCUUGCAAAUCGUUGGUGUUUGUGAGGAAGAGUUGGAAAAGGCAUCUCGAUCAAAUGGCAAAAGCGUUCUAAAUUUACUCAGGACCGAUGUUAGUACUGGGGGCGAAUGGCUCAUUACAGACAUGCAACGAACUAAAACAGUAUUUGAAUUGUUUCCAGAAAAGUUGCGUCAACUGGAAGCAAAUUUGGAGGCAGAAGGUUCUGACUUGGCUGGUGUCAAUGCACAUUUUGAAUUUAAGGAACUGUUUAAGUCAGAACUUAAUGUGCUGGAACAAAAUGUUGCAAAUGCCAAUAACUGGGAUGCCAACUCUGACAUAAACAUAAAAAAAGAACCUCAAAUCGGAGAUAUUACUUGCCCUGUAGAACAAUUUCCAUCAGUGCCCUUUCGUGCAACAUCAUUCAAUGGUCUAGAGAUCAAAUUACCACCAUAUGCCGCCAAGUUUCUCGUUCUAGCGAUUCGAGAUCGCGUAAGACACGGCCGUCACUUUACAUUCAAAGACCAGAAGUAUGCCUUAACAUUUGUAUCAGAGUCAGUAACGGGCUCAAAUUGCUCCACAAACAAUCCGUACGUUAUUUUAGGUUACUGGAUUCAAGUUUUGAUAACAGAAGAUUUGGUGAAUCGAAUGAUAGAUGCAUUCAAGUGUCUUGAAAGUACCAGUAUUGAGCUCCUGAAAUUACCACAAGUCUUUGAAUUCUCAGACAAGAAUCUCAAAUUUAUUGUCGACAAUUUUCAAAUGCAGCAAAAUAUGAACCCGUUACUGCAAUAACCCAUAAAUAUACAACAAUUUAAUUACAACAAGUGCCUUUUAAAACGUAUUUUUUUUUUAAUUUUAUACAUAUAAAUAAAUAUAUAAUGUUACAUGUAAUGAAACACAAUUAUUAAACAUAAGACCUGUACAACUUAAAUUCUUACAUGUUUUCUUUCUAAAUUACACAAUAAAAAA